CCGUAAGGCUCGGAGCCCCGGUGUAAGGCGCCACGGCGCAUGCUCCGGAAUCUCAUCCUCUGGCCCUGGAGCUGCUGCUGCUGCUGCUGCUGCUUUUGCUUUUGGGGCUGAGUUUAAUAAGCGAGCGAGCGAGCAAGCGAACGCGGGGGGAAAAAGGCAGAGAAUGUCCGCCAUCUACCCUCCGCUCCUGGGCGCGCUCUCAUUCAUAGCAGCCUCUUCAUGAAUUACAGCUGAGGGGGGCGGGGGAGGGGGGGUACCACACAACACCCCAGCAAACCUCCGGGCCCCCAGGCAUGGCUAGCUCGUGUGCCGUGCAGGUGAAGCUGGAGCUGGGGCACCGCGCCCAGGUGAGGAAAAAACCCACCGUGGAGGGCUUCACCCACGACUGGAUGGUGUUCGUGCGCGGCCCGGAGCACAGUAACAUACAGCACUUUGUGGAGAAAGUCGUCUUCCACUUGCACGAAAGCUUUCCUAGGCCAAAAAGAGUGUGCAAAGAUCCACCUUACAAAGUAGAAGAAUCUGGGUAUGCUGGUUUCAUUUUGCCAAUUGAGGUUUAUUUUAAAAACAAGGAAGAACCUAAGAAAGUCCGCUUUGAUUAUGACUUAUUCCUGCAUCUUGAAGGCCAUCCACCAGUGAAUCACCUCCGCUGUGAAAAGCUAACUUUCAACAACCCCACAGAGGAGUUUAGAAGAAAGUUGCUGAAGGCAGGCGGGGACCCGAACAGGAGCAUUCAUACCAGCAGCAGCAGCAGCAGCAGCUGUAGCAGCAGCAGCAGCAGCAGCAGUAGCAGCAGCAGCAGCAGCUGUAGCAGCAGCAGCAGCAGCAGCAGCAGCAGCAGCAGCAGUAGCAGCAGCAGCAGCAGCACCAGUUUUUCAAAGCCUCACAAGUUAAUGAAGGAGCACAAGGAAAAACCUUCUAAAGACUCCAGAGAACAUAAAAGUGCCUUCAAAGAACCUUCCAGGGAUCACAACAAAUCUUCCAAAGAAUCCUCUAAGAAACCCAAAGAAAAUAAACCACUGAAAGAAGAAAAAAUAGUUCCUAAGAUGGCCUUCAAGGAACCGAAACCCAUGUCAAAAGAGCCAAAACCAGACAGUAACUUACUCACAAUCACCAGUGGGCAGCAAGACAAGAAGGCUCCUAGUAAAAGGCCCCCCAUUGCAGAUUCCGAAGAACUCUCAGCCAAAAAAAGGAAAAAGAGUAGCUCAGAGGCUUUAUUUAAAAGUUUUUCUAGCGCGCCACCGCUGAUACUCACUUGUUCUGCUGACAAAAAACAGAUAAAAGAUAAAUCUCAUGUCAAGAUGGGAAAGGUCAAAAUCGAAAGUGAGACCUCAGAGAAGAAGAAAUCGACUCUGCCACCAUUUGAUGAUAUUGUGGAUCCCAACGAUUCCGACGUGGAGGAGAACAUGUCCUCCAAAUCUGACUCUGAACAGCCCAGUCCUGCCAGUUCCAGCUCCAGUUCCAGCUCCAGCUUCACACCAUCCCAGACAAGGCAACAAGGUCCUUUAAGGUCCAUAAUGAAAGAUCUACAUUCGGAUGACAAUGAGGAGGAAUCAGAUGAGGCAGAGGAUAAUGACAAUGACUCCGAGAUGGAGAGACCUGUAAAUAGAGGAGGCAGCCGAAGCCGCAGAGUUAGCUUAAGUGACGGUAGCGACAGUGAAAGCAGUUCGGCUUCUUCACCCCUACAUCACGAACCCCCGCCACCCUUAUUAAAAACCAACAACAACCAGAUUCUUGAAGUGAAAAGUCCAAUAAAGCAAAGCAAAUCAGAUAAGCAAAUAAAGAACGGGGAAUGUGACAAGGCCUACCUAGAUGAACUGGUCGAGCUCCACAGAAGGUUAAUGACGCUGAGGGAAAGACACAUUCUGCAGCAGAUCGUGAACCUUAUAGAAGAAACUGGACACUUUCAUAUCACAAACACGACAUUUGAUUUUGACCUUUGCUCGCUGGACAAAACCACAGUCCGUAAACUACAGAGUUACCUGGAAACAUCUGGAACAUCCUGAGGAUACAACAACUGGAUGCAUCAAAAACUAUUGUUUUGUUUUGUUUUUUUUUUUUUUUUGGUUGUGAUUUUUUUUUGUUUGUUUAUAUGAAAACACUCAGAAUGAUGCAACCAAAAGGGAAAAAAUAAAAAUCAAACAACCUUCAGCUUUAUUUUUCUUUAAAGCCAGUCAUCAUCUCUUGAUAAAGGAGAGGUUAAGCAAACCAGCCUCAGCGGACCACUCUUCUCUCCAAGGAAAUCCCCGGGAAGAGUUAGCCUGGAUAGCCUUGAAAACAAAUCAAACACAACACAAGAAAAAUUAAAGAAUGUGUAUGGUAUCAUGUAUCUCUCUCUGUGGCGGUUCAUUCCACAGGACGAAUGCAUAUUCAACACACUGCCUUAUUACAUAACUGAUCUAUUUAUUAUCGCAUACAGAUAUUCUAAAGUCGUUGAGGGAAUGACACCACAAGACAUUAUAAGUACUUGUACUUGGUCCCAUGGAUGCUCUUUCAAUGCAGCGCCCUUGCCAUCCCAAGCCCAGUGACCUUACUUGUACACCGUGCCACUCUCCACCAACUUUUCCAAGUCCUUUUACUCGUUGCAGUCCGCAUUUGCUACCUUUUGUUUUUCCAGUUCCAGGACACAGAUGAUCAACUGGGGGGACCAAAUUGCCACCCUGAUUUUCUUCUUUGUGGUCUUUCUUCUGAGAGUUGGGGCCCAGCCCUUGGCUGUAUCCAUAUAAUGAUCUUGGACCAUGGUAGAAAAUGCACCAAAUAGGAUCAUAUGAAUUGUUGUCUAGCCUUAGUCAAUAAACCUGUAGGACUUUUAACCAAGUGUACCUGUAAACGUCCUGCAUCCAGCAUUGUUGAGCUGUCUUCAACAUUCUUCUUGUGUCUGUUUUACUGUUCUAAUACUAGAUAAAUAUGGAAGUAAAAGCAUUCCACAGGAUCAUCGUUUAAAAAAAAAAAAAAGGAAUCCUGGUUAUGUUUUCUAAAGAAAUGUAGAAAUUCUUAAUUUGGAUCUAUUUAUUAGAGUUUCAGCUUUCUUCGGCUGCCAGUAUGUUCUCCAUCUUUACCAUAAAACCUGGAAUAAGAGAUUUUUGUUCCUGUAUGAUCCUCUUAGACUCUUUUAUAUUUGGAAAAUGAAAAUCUUUCUUUGGGGGAAGAUUCUUGGUUAUGCUGCCAUAACAGAUUAUGUAUUAACUUGUAGAUUCAGUGGUUCGAUCCUGUUUAGUCACUUGCUUAUGUUUCCAGAAGGAUUUCUUGUAUUGGUGAAAAUAAAGAUGGCUGGGGAGGGGGGGGAUAUUUUUGUUCUUGAUGUACCCUGUUUUAAAACUAGAAAUCUGUCCUGUGGCAUGCAAAAGAAAGCGAAUUAUUUUUAAAAGAAAAAAAAAAAAAACCCCGAAGUACUUUUGGUGUCAUUAUUCCAUCCUGUCCAUAAGUGGAGAUGUGCAAAGUGAGAACAGCUCAUCUUUCAAGUUUUUGCUAGGAACUCAACCGAAAAGAAGGGGAAAUGAAGAAAUACUUCUGGAUCCAAAGGUUCAUUCACUGGAUCAGCCUUAAGAAAGCCUCUAUGUGUGCGAAUAGACCGGUCUCUAGGCUCUCCCUUGUUUAUUCCCAUGCCAGAUGCUGUCUUUUCAUACAGAGAUUAACUAGUGUCUGUACAGAAAAUGGGCUUUCCAGACCCAUUCUUUUGGGCAGUAAUGUAAAUGCAGAUUGAUAAUGAAGUUAUUUCUGCAUUUUAAAAAGGGGAUUUUUUUUUUUUACAUUCUUUCUAUCCAAAGACACUAUUUUUUUCCUUUAAAAAAAUUAUAAUACAGCCAUGCUCCUUGUAAAUUACUUCUGAAGCGUCCUCCCCAAGGACAAGUGUACUUUUCCGGUAAUGUUAUGAUUCUCGAUGGUUGGCAUGAACCGCCCUUGAAGCAUUUGUUGUGUGUCCCCUACUCAGUGUUUAACUCCAGAAACACUUCUGGAGUCAUUUUGGAUAUAAGGUGACUGAUUUGUGUGGUUUUAGGCGUGGUUUUAGUUGUGUCUGGUUCUGUUUUUAACUUUGCAGAUGAAAGGGGGAGGGCGAUGCUUAUAUGAAUUGUUUGCAAAAUUUAGAAAUCUUUAAACGUUUCUAACUGCUAAUCCACAUAUUCUAAUUAAGCCAGAAAUGGAUGUGGUUUAACUGAGAUAUCUGUGUAGUGUAACUAGAAAUGUAUAUAUGUAGUUCGGGCCAUUUUUAUUUUUGUAACUAAGUUGUAUGGCAAAAAUGAUUUGGCGGUGUGAACAUUUUUCUCGUUCCUCUGGCUGUUUACCAGGAAACUAGGUAACAUAAGCGACCAAACAACAAGGACAACAAGAAGGGAAGCUACUACAGUGAUAAACUUUAGACCUAAAAUUUAGGCAAUAAAGCAAAUGUCUUCAGACUCUCGUCAAAAUGUAAGUUUGUACAUUUAAUAACGAAAUUCAAGAAAACUUCCUCAUGGACACAGCAAAAAGAGCUGUCCACAAAAUUUCCAGAGUGAGAGUCACAUUGUUGAUUUUUUGCAAGUUGUAUUCUUACUCUCAUCGAAUCCUUAAAUGCAGAAAUAAUAAAUCCCCUUUUGAUGAAUUUCAAAUAGUUACACUUCUCUUCAAGUAACCCUCUCAGUUCUGCCAUGUUUAUAAACACCAUUGAAACCUGUCGAAAAAUAUGUUUGGCACAUGCGUAUCCUAACAGGGGCGUUAGUAUUCUAAGCACAAAG